AUGAAGCGAACUUGCUUUGAUGGCAGUGAAAAUUCAAGUAACAAGCGCCGGAACACUGGAUCUAGUCUGGAGUUGAGAGGGGAAGAUUUUGGUCAAAGAGUUCCUCCCUUGUACCAGAUGAUUAAAAAGAUUCUUCAGGACUAUCCAAGUGGUCAGAUAUUUAAGGAAAUAAUACAAAAUGCUGAUGAUGCUCGGGCCACUGAAGUCAAAUUCUAUUUGGAUUGUCGUGUCCUACAAACCCUCCCACUCUCACUUAUAUCAGCUGCUAGUGAUAGUAGUGACUCUGAGCAGCAGCUACUGUUACAAGAAUUCACUGGAUCUGCUCUCAUUUCCUAUAACAAUGCUCCUUUCAGGAAACAAGACUGGGAGAGCAUACAGAGCUUUCAGCAGAGUGGUAAAGCCAAGAACCCACACAAAAUUGGAAAGUUUGGAGUUGGAUUUAAUUCUGUGUAUCAUAUUACUGACUUACCAGUUAUUCUGAGUCAAAACUAUUGUGGAUUCUUGGAUCCACAGGAAAGAGUAUGGAAGGGAGGAUCAGGUAGAGGGUUUAACCUAGAAAAGUUGAAAAGUUAUUGUCAAGAAGCACUGGAACCAUUUGAUGGGAUUUGUGGUUUUUCAAAGGAUAAUCCAAGCUACCAGGAUAAGACCUUGUUCAGGUUUCCAUUGCGUACCAAAGAAUCAAUGCUUUCAAGUGAUUUUUACACUAUUGAUAAGAUUCUUAGCCUGAUUCAUACUUUAAAAGAAGAAGCCCAGUAUUUAUUAGUUUUCCUUAGAUCAGUUUGCUCAAUUGAAAUUUGUAAAAUCACUGAGAGCAAUGAUACAUUAUCACUAUUUAAAGUCAGUGUGAGUGAGAGAGAUUAUCAGUCGCGAUUAUCUCAACAGAAACAAUUGAUCAGUCGUGUCGAAUCAGCAUUUACUGGUCAAUCACAGUAUAGCGUACGUGACAUUAUUAAAGAUGUAUCACGUUUUAAUAUUGAGAAAGUUGAUGGUGGUACAGUCAGUAAUUAUGACUGGCUAGUUGUUAAUCAGAUUGGUAGCAAUGAUAAUGAUGUUAUGCAAUUGGCAGAGAAGCAGCACAUUCUUCCGUGGGUUGGCACAGCUAUCAAUUUAAAGGAUCUUACAUGUAUUUCAAAUGGACGUGUUUUCUGUGUGCUGCCUCUGCCUGUUGAAGAUCUGGCACCUUUUCAUGUUCAUGUCAAUGGAACAUUUGCUAUUAGUAGUAACCGUCGCUCUUUGAAAUGGGAAGCACAAGAAAGGAAAGGAGAUGAAGAGGGAACUUGGAACAAGUAUUUAGUGGAGAAAUGUCUUCCUUCGUGUUACUUUAAGUUGGUUUCUGAGCUGAUGGAGCUACUGAUUGAUUCUAGCACAGUGUACAGUUGUUGGCCUGACAUCAAAAGAGUCACAGGUACCCCAUGGUCUGGCAUAUUGGAUCCAUAUUACAAGUUACUAGUAGGCAGUAGUAGGCUGUACAUACUUCAUCUGCAAGAGGGAGAUGGAUUAGUGUUAGCGAUGCAGUUUUUAUAA